ACGUCCUCGAUAGGACAACGCGAAAAAAGCUCCAACAGAAGCUGUAGCAAAAGCACACAAAAAAAUCGUUAAUUCGCGCUGUGUUCGAGCAUCAAAUCGAGGCCCAUCGAUUCGAAACGGCUUAUUUAGACGGUUUCGAUUCCAAAAAAAAGGUUUAUAUAUUUUUUUUUUGAUUUAAAAUUAAAAUAUUUUUCGAAAGAAAGUGAAUGAGAACUAUGACGAGUUAAAUUAGUUAAUUAAUUAAGACGAUUUUAGAUAAUAAAAGUUAAAAAAAAUGUGAUUUUUCUUCGUGAUGAUAAAUAAAGAUGGAUUUUCAACGUUUCGAAACAACCCCAAUUAGAUAGUACAUUAUUGAUUAAAACGGGACCCAAUCUACUUAACCUAACUCAACAUAAACUUGAAAAGAUGUUAGGAUCGACAUCUUCACCAACAACGGCUCCAGCUUACCCGGGAUUUCCGCGAUCCCCUUAUAUCCGUCGAAUUUCGCCCCCGGGUAGUCCAGCACCAACAAAAUCUUGUUGUUACGAACUCCAUCGAGGCGGCGAAGUAACCUCCCCCUAUCCGCAUCACCAACAACAACAGCAACAACCAUCGCCGCUUCCAUCCCCAAACGCAUCGGAAACUUUCUUGUGUUGCUGUUACACGAUUCCCAGCGCGAGAUCUUCAACAUCAAUUUUGGCAACUUUGGGAGUUUGUUUCUUGGUUUUGGCUUACACCGUUUUGGGCGCGUUCACUUUUAUGGCACUCGAAGGUGGGGUAACUCCUCCUGGAACGACGACGCAAAAAAUUAAUAACAAUUUAAUGAUGGGGAAAAACGGGGGAUUAAAAGAAAUUGAAGGAUUCGUUGGAUUCGGGAUUGCGAAUGAGUUGAGAAGUCAAACGGUCGAUCGAUUAUGGAGCAUUACGGAGAAUUUGAAUAUACUGUAUAGGGAGAAUUGGACCAAGUUGGCAGCCGAAGAGGUCUUGGAGUUUCAAGAGGCGCUGUUUAAGGUUUUAAAAAAUACCAAGGUUUUUAUAACCGAGGAUGGAGAUUUUUAUAAUAACCGAAGGGCGAAUCAUAAAUGGACUUUUACCUCAUCGUUUUUGUAUUCGCUGACGUUAAUAACAACGAUAGGGUAUGGAAGCGUGGCCCCGCGGACUUCUUGGGGCAAACUCGUAACGAUCAUUUACGCUCUAAUUGGAAUACCUUUAAUGUUACUUUACCUCUCAACGACGGGCGACGUCCUCGCUAGAACUUUUCGAAAAUUCUACGGGAAACUCUGCGGGAUCACCUCCUCGAAUCUGAAACAACCAAACUGUCAAUGUUCCGGUGUUAAAGUUCGCGUUCCGGUUACUUUAUGUUUGAUAAUAGUUCUCGCUUAUAUUUGUUCGGGGGCUUUUUUGUUUCAUCGUUUAGAAAAUUGGAGCAUUCUCGACGGUUCUUAUUUUUGUUUCACUUCGUUGGGAACGAUCGGGUUUGGGGAUCUAUUGCCGGGGCAAAACCAUCAAAAUGCGAAAUUAAAUUUUAAGCAAAACUUAAAUAACUCAUCGAGCCACCCAAACAACAAUGAAGAUAAAAUUUCGCUUUUCGCGUGCUCCGCUUAUAUCUUAACGGGGAUGGCCUUGGUCGCGAUGUGUUUUAGUUUGGUCCAAGAGGAGAUUUUAGGCAUUUUAAAAUUGAUCGGGUCGAGUUGCUCGAUAUCGACGCCUUCGGAAUGCAAAUUGAGGAAAAUCGAGAACGACGAGAUGAUUUUAACAUGACAACGACCGAAAACGGAAGGGGCCGCCCCCUCUAAUAAAGUCAAAACGGUCACCACCCAACCGAAUUUAUUAAAAGGGGGUAAUUUUUUCCAAACGAAUAGUUUGCCGAGGAAAAAUCACUUUCAAAGGAACGCCCCGACUCGGAGAUCAACCGGCGCUGAACCUCUAUCAGAAUACUUCGUACCCAGAUCAAUGAGCGAAUUCGAUCUCUCCUGCACCUCCGAAACGCUCCAAUCCACG